CUCAAACAAAUCAUUAAAAACCCCUCCCCAAACACAGCCCUCUUCAAAAGAUCCCCCGCCACAAGCCGUCCAUCCGGCGAAUCCCUCCCCAUCUCCUCCCUCGCCUUCCGUUCCAAAUCCACCGUCCUCACCACCCUCAUCUCCACCCUCCACCCCAAAACCACCAACAACUCUCUCUGCGAAACAACACCCUCAUGCACCCUAACAGGGAUAUUCUCCGUCUGUGCUAGAUUCCUAACAAUCCACACCACGGCCUGCCCCACACCCCGGGUAGUAGUGGUACUAAACUUCCCAUCCCCAUCAUCGUACAACGGAGUCACACGGCCCGACAAAUCCAACAAUAGCUCCGUCUUCAAUCCAAAGUCUAGCCACGGCCUAGUGAAGAGUAAUGUGUAUGUGAGUCCCGAACGGUGUGCAACGUCGCGUAGAUGGUCCUGGAUGGUUAUUUUGUCUAUGAAGAUGGGGAGGGUUGAGGUAGCUGGGUGGGUCGUGUCGCAGCCGAAUUCGGACGGGAUUUAGCGUUUUACUCCUGCGGUUGAGGCGGCGUCGAUUAGGCGGAUGUGGGUGGUUAUGGGCACCGGGCUGACGGGUAGGGUGUUGAUUAUGAUGGAGUGGCCGGUUAGGGCUGUUUUGAGGGAGGGGAGGGAUUG